GCCCAGCGAACGGAAGCGCGGGGCCGCCAGGAUGGACAGGCGGCGCCGGCCAAUGGGCGAGCGGGAUGGCCUCCCAAAAUCCAUGAUCGAGAAGGGCCCGGAGGUCUCGGGGAAACGGCGGGGCAGGAACCACAACGCCGCCGGGGCGAAUAAUAACAACAACGGCGGCAGUAAAAGUUUAUCCGCCGCCCCCAACGGCAACAGCAGCGGGAACUCCUGGGAGGAGGGGAGCUCGGGGUCCUCCAGCGAUGAGGAGCACGCUGGCGGCGGAAUGAGGGUCGGGCCGCAGUACCAGGCGGUGGUCCCUGAUUUCGACCCCGCCAAACUUGCAAGGAGAAGUCAGGAGAGAGAGAAUCUCGGCAUGCUGGUCUGGUCACCUAACCAGAAUCUGUCUGAAGCAAAAUUGGACGAAUAUAUUGCCAUUGCUAAAGAGAAGCAUGGAUACAAUAUGGAGCAGGCCCUUGGGAUGCUGUUUUGGCACAAGCACAACAUCGAGAAGUCUUUGGCAGAUCUGCCAAACUUUACUCCAUUCCCAGAUGAGUGGACAGUGGAAGACAAGGUCUUGUUUGAACAGGCCUUCAGUUUCCAUGGGAAAACUUUUCACAGGAUCCAGCAGAUGCUUCCUGACAAAUCAAUAGCCAGCUUGGUGAAAUUUUACUACUCCUGGAAGAAGACAAGGACUAAAACUAGUGUGAUGGACCGUCAUGCUCGUAAACAAAAAAGGGAACGUGAGGAAAGUGAGGAUGAAAUGGAGGAAGCAAAUGGAAAUAACCCAAUUGACAUUGAAGUUGAACAAAACAAGGAGAGCAAAAAGGAGGUACCGCCUGCUGAAACUGUCCCUCAGGUGAAGAAGGAGAAGCACAGUACACAGGCCAAAAACAGAGCAAAGAGGAAACCUCCCAAAGGAAUGUUCCUUUCCCAGGAAGAUGUGGAGGCUGUUUCUGCCAAUGCAACAGCUGCUACCACUGUACUCAGACAACUGGACAUGGAAUUAGUCUCAAUCAAACGACAGAUUCAGAAUAUCAAACAGACAAACAGCGCGCUCAAAGAAAAACUUGAAGGUGGUAUAGAACAAUACAGACUUCCAGAGGUUGUCCAGAAAUUUAAUGCACGUUGGACCACAGAUGAACAGCUUCUUGCUGUGCAAGCAAUCAGAAAAUACGGCCGAGACUUUCAGGCAAUCUCUGAUGUGAUUGGAAACAAAUCUGUGGUGCAAGUGAAAAACUUUUUUGUAAAUUAUCGACGUCGUUUCAACAUAGAUGAAGUCCUUCAGGAGUGGGAGGCAGAGCACGGCAAAGAGGAGACAAAUGGAACCAAUAGCCAGAAGCCUGUAAAAUCCCCUGAUAAUUCCACUAAGAUGUCCGAAGAGGAAGAUGAGGCUACUUCUGUUCUUGAUGUCAGAUAUGCAUCUGCUUCGUGAGAAGGUGCUGUAGCCUAGAACAAUUUGUGUUGACUACUGUGUUAUCCAGGAUAUCAGGUAUUAGCAAACCUCAGACAGCCAUCUGCAUCAUAUCUGUGGACAAGCAGCUAUUACCAAAAAAAAGGCAAACGCUUCCAGUCCUGUGCUACAUCUGCCUUAAUCUCCCCUCAUUCCUCCAUACUGCCUCCACUUUCUUUCAAAAGCACCCAGGUAGCUCAGCUCUCCAUUUCAUCAACAUCAUGCUUAAGCAUGGGGACUUCUAGAACCAGUAACACCUAUAAAUUUUUGACCAACCUGCAAAACAAGGAGCUCCUUAGCAGCCCCACAGUAACUCUACACAUUAGGAGUUCUUAUAAUACUUGGUCCAUAGGGUAUAAGUAUGUAUUGCUGCAUGGCCUUGUGGUCUCCGCUUCCUGUGUAUUCUUACGAUGACACUAUUAUUAGUGAGCUUUCUAUAAAGGAGAGGCCUGUGCACAUGCCAGCAGUGUCAGGUUUGUUCUGCCAUGACAGGACAUGUUAACAAACAAUCUUGAAUAAUGCAAAGCGAUAGGAAAUGUUAUUUCUAAGGUUUGGUCAGUCCAAGGUUGUAGAUAUAACUCAUUACACUUCUGGUUUGUGCAAUUUCUUCCACUGUAUUUGUGUGUUCUUGCUUCAUAGAAAGCUCCCUAAUUGAGCAUUUUAUUCCUGUAUAUUUUAAUGGCUUUUAUUUAGUGCAAAAGGGAAUACGUAACCUGAAACUGUUUGAUACGCUAUUUAACCCCUGGCAUUCAGCAUUUGCAUUGUAACUUGUUAAAUGAGUGCUACACAACUUUCUUUUUCCUGAUCCUCUGCGGGAUUAAGUCAAAACAAACUUUCUCUGGUGCCUCUCCUUUGGGGAAUAUGUGCCUUUUUACAUUUGGCUACCAUAGGUCACUUUCUGUCCCAGUGUCUCAUUUCUCUUCAGAGCGCUGUUUGCCAAAGACAUCAAACUGCUUCUCCCACUGGAAGUCUGGACGGGGGUUGGAGCACAAAAUUCAACCUUCAAGAGUUUUUGAUCUCUUGGAAGUUUAAUGGAGAAGAACCGGGUUAAUUUUCAUUGGCCAUUUUAACCCUUCUGAAGCACACAUCGCUUUCAUGUUCUGAACCAAAAUAUGCAAUUUAAAAUCUAAGAGGUGCUUUUCCAAAUACUUGGUGCAUGCAGCUUUCAAAUCCCAGCCCUCUGCUCUGAUGACCUGUGCUGUGGCCUAUCUACCUGGCUUGAACUGGAGCUGUUCUUGGAAGUCCUGUAUGAGGACUUUGCACCUUGAACAAGGUAGUUGCUGACUGCCAAGCAGACAGUGUUCAGAGAGGCUAGAAGCAGCAUUAUUACUUCUUGUCCAGUGGAAAGCUGCAAAAUAACACUAGUCACAAAGCAUUUAAAAAUGGUUAAUUUAAUGAUGAUGAAAGAAACCACCAGGUG